CCAAAAAAUGCCGAAACGCGCCGUUUCUUUCGCCGACGACAUCGAAACGAGAGUUUUUAAGCGGGAUAAACGAGAAAUUGAAGAUGGAAUAUUGGAUAUUCCAAUGGAAGAAGAUGUGGUGAAGGAGAGACCAGGAAAUGCGGAUGAAGACGAAGAGGAAAAAAAGAAAUUCCACACAUUAGAGUCAGAUGAAGAAGAAGAAGAGGAUCACAAACGUCUAGAUACCCGAAGAGUUGAAGGUCAAGAGGAUUGUGGUGUGGAUUUUGAUGGAUCUAUUAAAAUUACGGCUUUCAAUAUGAAAGAGGACGAGGAAGAGGGUCAUUUCGAUGAAACUGGAAACUUUAUUUUCGAUAAAAAGACAAAAGAUGUUCAAGACGCGUGGUUGGAUGGUAUUGAUUGGAGUUUAGUGAAGAAAAAGGCCGGAGAUCAGUGGGAGGGCGAUGAGGACAAGAAAUCCUUGGAAGACGAAGAGCCGGAGCCAAUUACAAUGAGUGAUGCACGAAAAAAAGAAAUUUUCGAGCAACUUGUCAACCUCCUGAAACCCAAUCAAACAGUGGCUAAAGCUCUUUCAGAGCUCAAAAAGAAGAAAGGAUUAAGUGCUGCUGAAGAACGGAAACUUCGUUGGGCCGCCAAAAAAGCCGGAAAAUCAUUUGAGCCAACUGAUGGGCAGAAGGAAACUUCACAGCUCUCUGGGCUCGCUGAUGAACUCAUUUCUGCUGGAAUUAUGGACGCCUACGAAUGGCAUCGUGAGAAAUUCAAUUUCCAAUUGCAAAAAAUGAUAAGUACAGCCGCUGAUGAGUUGGAUAUGUUCUCUGAUGAGCCAACUUCAACUGGAGCAGCAAGAGCAGCAGGAGCUCCAAUGGAGCAAGAAGAAGAAGAAGCAGAUGAUAGUGUUAAAUGGGAAUAUAAGGCUAAUGAAGAGGCGAAAAUUGAGGGCCCGAUUCCGACUUCAGAAAUGAUGGAUCGCCAAUCAAAAGGACUUCUUUCGGCAGAAGGUGUUGCCAGACGUUCUGGAACAAAUGGACAUUUUAAUCCAGUUGCCAGAAUUGAUUUCGAGCUUUAUUUGUAAAAACUCUCCUAAAAAACCUCUCCUCCUCCUCCCCUGAAUUUUAGCAAUUAUAUGAUUCAUAUUUCAUUUUUUUUUGUUUCAUUUUCAUUUUUUCCCCCAUUUUUUUUUGUUUCUCUGAAUCUCGUUUUCACUCUCUAUCUCUCUCUCAUCACUUAGAACACACAUUCAUUUCUCUCACUUUUUCCGCCUGAAAACAGCUGAAAAAAAGUCGGAAAAAUGAUUCGGUGCCGAAAACUUUUCAAAUACCGAAAACUCGCUAUUCAACAUGAUAUUUAUCACAGUUCCGAUGACAUUUCUCGAGGUUUUUUCAAUUUUUUUUUGUAAAUUAAAUUUUUUUUUUCCCGUUUUUUUUUUGCCCUUUUUGGUCCUAAAAUUGCAUUUUUUUUCAAGUUUUUAACUUGAAAAUUCAUUUUUUUGGCCUAUUUUCGCCCCUAAAACUGCACUGUAUUAUAUAAAAUCCCCAAUUUU